AUGGGUUCUGCUGUGUACUACAGUGUCCUGGGCACCUUCAUUUGCACUGGCAUUCUUCUCGGUACCACAUUUGUGGUCGUGCUGAACCUUUUCAGCGAUAUCGGCGAAUUCCGCACCCAGAUCGAAGAAGAGAUUAGCCAAUUCCAAGGUAAACUGUUCUCCCAGUCGACCUGGACAAUUAUAUUGUCUCAUCAAAUGCUGAAACUCUUUCAGACCUAUGCCGACGAUGCAUGGACAGUGAUGAUGGUCACGAAUAAAGCCCCGUCAGUACAGCGACAGAGCGUCUUCUACGAAUCCCUUAUUCGUAACAAAAGACAGGGAUCAUAUGCCGAUGGAGGUGGCAGUGUCGUUGGCGGAGGCGGAGGCGAAGGAUAUGGUGGUUGCCAGUGCGCAGCUCAAGCAACGGGUUGCCCUUCAGGACCACCAGGACCUCCAGGACUUGCGGGAAUACCCGGAGAAGACGGUACCCCCGGAUAUCCUGGUCAGACAGGUGGAGUCGGCCUGUCCGCUUCGUCAUUCCAUUCCUCAGGAUGCAUCCAGUGCCCAGCAGGACCUCCCGGUCCACAAGGACCAAACGGUGGACCUGGCCCAGCUGGAGCUCCAGGAAAUCCAGGUCAAGACGGACAAGGGGGCGGAGCAGGCUACCCAGGACCUCCCGGACCCCCAGGAGCACCAGGACGGAAUGGUAACGCCGGCGCACCAGGACAGGAUGGAGCACCUGGAGCUCCAGGAACACGAAGGAGUAACUAUCCCGGCCCAGCUGGUGCGCCAGGACCAGCAGGAGCACCCGGUGCACCUGGACAAAACGGUAGCAGCUACGGACCUGGGGCACCAGGACCGGCUGGACCACCCGGUCGACCCGGAAACCCUGGAACAAACGGAAGCCAUGGAGCACCAGGGCAAGCUGGUGCUGCUGGAGCUCCCGGCUCGGACGCUGCUUAUUGUCCUUGUCCAGGAAGAAGUCGUGGUUAA